UACACCAACUCAAAUCGUGACAUCACAAGAGUCUUCGAUAUUUAUUAAAUCGAUAUACGAUGCUCAUUCUAUCACCAAAGCUACUUAACCCUUUGCGUUCCUUAUUUCUUUCAUCUUUUUUUUCUAUCAAUAGGUGCAGGACAACGUUAUAAAAAUAUGCCUCAAAAGAGUUCGUACACCGACAUUGACAAGAAGUACCUACCCUGGUCAGUCUACCAGGAGGAGUUGUACGAAAUGGGUCUUCAUGACAAGAAGCCACCAUUCACCACUGUAUUUGACGAAUGGCAGCCCCUUGCAAAGGAACGCUUGUCCGAGACAGCGUACUGCUACGCAGCUGGAUCCGCCGGACGUGAAAGCACUGAGAGACGCAACACUGAAGCUCUCGGCCGGGUGCGUUUUAUUCCUCAUAUGCUCACGCCGAAAGCUUCGACACGGAACUUGGAAAUUGAGCUUUUUGGCGUUAAGUAUCCCACGCCAAUCCUUGUUGCUCCCAUUGGUGUGCAACGUCUGUACCAUUCAGAGGGCGAAGUUGCGGCUGCUAGAGCAGCUAGCAAAUUGGGCAUUCCUUACAUCAUGUCAUCCGCAUCCUCGUCUUCCAUGGAACAAGUAGCCCAGGCUUCUGGCGACGGACCACGUUGGUUCCAGUUGUAUUGGCCUGAGGACCCUAAUGUUACCGUGUCAAUGCUUGAAGCAGCAACGGCUGCGGGUUUUAGAACUCUUGUUGUCACACUGGACACUUGGAACCUCAGUUGGCGUCCUCGCGAUUUGAAGAAUGCUUACGUUCCGUUUUACCAUGGUGUUGGUGAUCAAGUUUGUAACAGUACCGAGGCCUUCUUAGACAAGAUGAGAUCGUUAAAUCUUUCUCCCAAAAGCAACCCUCGUGAAGUUGGCAAGCAUUGGGUGAAGCACAUUUUCCCUGGAUCACAACAUGGUUGGGACGAGAUUAACUUGUUGCGUAGACACUGGAAGGGACCAAUUAUCCUGAAAGGUAUCCAGCAUGUUGACGACGCGAAGAAGGCUGUAGAGUAUGGUCUCGAUGGCAUUAUCGUUUCCAACCAUGGUGGACGUCAAUUCGACGGCGGUAUUGGAUCUAUCGAGGCAUUAGAGCCCAUUGUUGAUGCUGUUGGCGACAAGUUGACUGUGCUCUUUGACUCAGGUGUCCGUUCAGGCGUGGAUGUGAUGCGAGCUCUCGCGCUUGGCGCCAAGGCGGUUCUCAUCGGAAGACCGUUCUUAUGGGGCCUUUCGUUGGCUGGUACUGACGGAGUCGUUCACGUUCUUCGUUGCAUCAUGGCUGACCUUGAUCUUAACAUGGGCUUGGCUGGUUACCACAGCAUCAAAGAGCUCACAAAAAAAGACGUCUACUGGAAGGUCUAGGCUCGCAACUAACCAAUGCCGACACCAUUCAUUUUCGCACCGCUUCCUAGUGAAAGAUCGAUCAAUGCACGUGAGUUGG